ACAUCAGUCUUUCCGCAAAUGGAGUAUCAUAACAUCAACAUUCUUUCAAGAGUAAUACCAGCAAAAUUUUGCAUAUUAUUGCUAAUAAUCCUUCUAUGUGUACAAGUGAUCUUGGACAGAGAAGAUCACAUUUACUCUGGAAUUUCUGAGUCGCAUUCAAAAUCUUCAAGUAAAUAUAAAUCUCAGGAGCGACAACUACUGGCAGCGACGUCCCUAAUGAUCGCUUUUGCAUGCUGGGAAAUUCUAUUCAUGAUGCUAGGAAUUACGGUUCAUUUCAUGCUUCAAAACUUAUUUCAAGUCAUAGUACAUUGCACUGCCAUCAUAUACUUAUUCUGGAGCAUCUUUGCAGAAUGGUCAGUAGGUUACUACUGGGGCAUCGUCUGGGUCUUUGGCUUUAUCCCCUGGUUUAUCGACCUUACGCUGUUUUACUGGGGAGUUUUCAGAUUCAGACCAAGAGGAAUUAAGAAGUUGCAGAAUGUUAGUUAGAUAAUUUUCAAUUAUUGAGAGAUUUAUU